AUGCCAAAGGUGGAACAUGACAUGGUCAGCGCUAAGAUGUUCUUACAAAAACAUAGUUCAGAAACCGGAGACAAUGUAUACGAUCAUUUAUCCGAAGUGCUGAAUAAAAUAAUAUCUGAACAACCAGAAAAUAUAGUAGACUUUUUUGAAGAAUAUUCGCGCAAUGUGCGAGAGCAGCGUUACAAUCCUGGUGAUAUGCUUCAAGAUGCUUUCAUACCACCUCAACAAUAUGAAGAAGCUAGAAAACUAUUACCUUUCCUUCAGGUCAGUAUAUACAAAGCAUUCAAAGAUAAAUCACCUUUGCCUGGAGAAAAUGAUGAGCCAGCAUUGGAUCCGGAUAAUAUGCCUGCAGAAGUUCCGGAUCUGAUGACUAUUGGUUAUCACUGGGAGCGUGCAGGCAUUGGGUUGCCAAGAACUGAAUUAUUCUGCAUAGAACUAUCUAUUCGUAAACUAGCAAAAAAUCCCGCAAUUGCCACAAUUAAUUUUUGGGGUAAGAUAUUUGGAAUACAUAAAAAUUACUAUGUAGCCGAAUGUGAAUGGCAUGAAGAGGAAUAUGCUAAAAGAAUUGAAGAAAUAGAAGCUGAGAAAGCAGCUAGACAAGAGGAAGAGCUUAAAGCUUUAGAAGCCGCUCAAGCUGAAGCUUUGGGUCAAGCGGAACCGACAGAACCAGCUAAUCCCGAUUUAUAUCCGCCAAGAGAACCGGAACCAAUUCUUGGUGAAGGCGCACCCGUUAAAAAACCACGACCUCCGCUUCCACCUCUUCCGGUUAGCCAAUAUAAACCACCAGUAGAGAUACCAGUGGAACAACCAGGACAAGGAGUCAACGCGAAGGUAUAUUAUAUUACUACUGAUUUGACCCAAGAAUGGAUUAGAUUACCUGAAGUGACGCCGGAGCAGAUCAAUGUGGCUCGUAAAAUUACCCGUUAUAUGACGGGAGAUCUGGAUACUGAGCUUCACACAUAUCCUCCGUUUCCGGGUCGCGAAAUUGACUAUUUGCGCGCGACCAUCGCUCGUAUAUCAUCUGGAACACAAGUAUCGCCGAUCGGAUAUUACACUUUUGGUGGUGCUGGUGGAGGCGGUGGUGAAGAAGAAGAAGAAGAAGUAGGAGAAGAGGAGGAAGGUGACCAAACAAGUAUCAGUGUCAAUCCUCGGUACGAGCCUCCGCCUAUGAGGGAUCUUUGUGAUACGACUAUGACAUUUUGGAACCAUCAUGCGCCGAAUAUUCUGAAACAAGGCCGUACGGUUUGGUGGAAUCCAAAUAUGCCGGAAGCGGUAAGUGAAGAAAUGGCUGGAGAGGACGAAGAAGCUGAUGCCAACAUCGAUCGUGUCGAGAAGGAAGUCGGUCCACCAUUGCUUACGCCGUUAUCUGAAGAUGCUUCACUGGAAUCAAUGCCUGCGUGGACCGUUCGAAGCAGUUCUCUUUGCAUACCAGAUACAGCCGUUGCAAUAGUUCGCUCGUCUUUGUGGCCUGGUGCAUACGCCUUGUCUGCUGGAAAAAUAUGUGCAACUAUUUAUAUUGGUUGGGGUCAAAAGUACAAUGCGCAUAAUCAUUCUCCAGAAGGUAUGCCCGAUAUUCAACAGGAAUAUCCAAUUGGACCAGAAAUUAUGGAAAUGACGGAUCCAACAUUUGCUGAAGAAGAGGCAUGGAGGAUUGCUCACCUGCCUAAACCGGUAGAGCUAAAGGAAAUAGCUGGCGAGGCUGGAGAAGGAGGAGCGGAAGAAGCCGAGGAAGAGGAAGAUGAUGAAGAAGAGGAGGAGGAAGAGGAAGAGGAGGAGGAAGAAGAAGAAGAAUAA